AGCUCGUCCACUGACAACAAACGUGCGUCGUAGCUGGACCGAGGAGGGACUCAGCAGGCAGUAAACCAGUUAGAACGGCUGGGUUAAGUUAGUGACUGCGCUGGUCUGAUAAUAAGUUUAAGGUUUUGCCAGUUACAGAGAAAGUAAUAUCGCUCGGCAACUUCAGGUUGUGUCAGACUGAGGGUGUCCGGUUUCCUCGCUGAGGGACUGCGAUGACCUCUGAUUUUAUCUCCAUUUUCAGUGAUGACCUCGGCCUGAAUUUUCCCAGACCGUUGCACCCUAAAGAAACAGCGUAUGACCUUCUGCCCAGAGAGUUUCAGCUGCCUUCGUCUACUCAACUGAACCCAAAGGUCAUGAGUCAAAAAAGCGGUGGAGAGGCAGAGCCUCCAUCUUCAGCUUCUCUAGCAUCAGACACCAUGUCCAGUUCUAUGACCAUGGAAGGCCCCCGCAGUGCUUUGUCCACCUCUUCCAUCUCUACCGGCACUUCACCCACUGACCAGAAUCCAGUUCACAGCAAUAUUGGUGACCCAGUGGACACCCGGAGUACCAGAGUAGUACCAGAAGUUGUGGAAGUAGAAAGUUCAAAAGGUAACGGCAACAGCAGCGGUAACUGCAGGAGUAGCAGUGAGCUGGGAGAAGGAGGAGGUGGAACAUCCCAGGAGGCCCAACUGCAUCACCAGAUGACCCCAUCUAAGCGCCGCACUGAACUGAACAUCUCUCCACCUCCACACGACCUGUUUGAUGAUAGCCAUAUGUCCUGCCAGGAUGAAGCAUCUGCAGACUCAGAGCAGAGUAACAGCAUCUGGCUGGAUGACUCUCUGUCCAACUUUAGUAUCAUGAGCUGUGUCACUUACAAUGACAACACAGAGGUGCCAAGAAAGUCCCGCAAACGUACCCCUCGUCAGAGGCCUGGUCCUAAGUCUGUGCCUGCAGAGCAAGCCAACAUGGAUAUGUUUGAUGCAGACAGUGCCAAAGGUCCACACUUUGUCCUGUCACAGCUAGGAUCUGACAACAAGACAGGACCAAAAGGAAGCUCGGAUGAUGCUCAGACAACUAAGCAGAAAGGAGGAACUCUUUUGAUGCAAUAUCCACAGAAGAGUGAAGGGAAGGAGCUGAAGAUCCUUGUCCAGCCUGAAGCUCAGCACCGAGCCCGCUAUCUGACUGAAGGCAGCAGAGGCUCCGUGAAGGACCGCACUCAGCAGGGAUUCCCCACUGUAAAGCUCGAGGGUGUGAAUGAGCCAGUGGUGUUGCAGGUAUUUGUGGGAAAUGACACUGGGCGUGUGAAGCCUCAUGGAUUUUACCAAGCUUGCAGGGUAACUGGUCGCAACACCACAGCCUGCAAGGAGGUGGACAUUGAUGGCACAACUGUCAUUGAGGUGCCCCUUGAUCCAAGCACCAACAUGACACUAGCGGUGGACUGUGUUGGGAUUUUGAAGCUCCGUAAUGCUGAUGUUGAGGCUCGUAUUGGUGUGGCUGGGUCAAAGAAGAAGAGCACACGCGCUCGGCUGGUGUUUCGGGUCAACAUCUCACGUCCAGAUGGAUCAGUGUACACACUACAGACUUCCUCAUCUCCGAUCCUUUGCACCCAGCCUGCAGGAGUGCCUGAAAUCCUGAAGAAGUCACUACACAGUUGUUCAGUGAGAGGCAGAGAAGAAGUCUUCAUCAUUGGCAAAAACUUUCUUAAAGACACCAAAGUAAUAUUUCAUGAGAAUGUUUCUGAUGAAAAAUCAUGGAAGGCAGAGGCUGAAAUUGACAUGGAGUUCUUUCACCAGAAUCACUUGAUAGUGAAGGUUCCUCCGUACCAGAACCAAGCCAUCAGCUCUGCAGUGUGCGUGGGAAUCUAUGUGGUGACAAAUGCUGGAAGAUCCCAUGAUGUUCAGCCUUUUACCUACACUCCAGAUCCAGCAAAACAUGAUGCUCCUGUGAAAAAAGAGACGCCAUCUUCAGUGAAGACUUGUUCUUUUGAUGAACAGAUUAAAGUUCUAGAUGGUACCUUGAUGCCCUUGAUGUUGCCUUUAGUGAAGAGAGAAGAUGUCACUCCAAUGGAGGUGACCAGCAACCUACAGUCAUCUGGAGUAUUUAAGCAGUCUGAUGACCUGUGUCCAGCCCAGCAGAACUCAGACAUGACUGCAGGACAUCUAAAUAAAAACAGAAUCUCCAACAACCUGACUCACCCUUCAGGCGACCCUGACAAAGGCCAGGCUUCUGUUUUUACCAACACUGAGUCCUUAAGCACCAUCCAGAAGCAGGAUAUUGCUGUCACUAGCUCAUUCUCUGUGCCUGCAGACCCCCUGCUCCAGCAAGGCCCACAGCAGUUCCUUCUGGAGCCCCGAGAAGGCCUGGGGCAGGAGAGGCCUGGCAGUGGCUCUGCAGCUGUAGGGAGGCUGUGUGGAGAACCUACACCCCAACAGCAACAGAUGCCCUUGUUCCCUCCAGAUGAAGUGGCCCAGUUGGAGGAGGCAGUGAGACAACUUAAAGCGAAAGGGUUCUGUAGCUUACCACUUCAGUCUGACAACUCCAUGGUCAAACAGCAGCAGCAGCAUAUCCAGCACCAACAACAGAUCCAAGAACAGGAAAUUCAGCAGCAACAACAGCAGCUUCAGCAGCAGCAACAGCAGCAGCAGGUUUUGGAGAAUCUACAGCAGCAGCUGUUUCAGUCACAGAUUCAGAUGCAGUGCAGUAUGUUUCAGGAUACCUCCCAGGGCAAGAACUCAGAACAGCAGGGCUCAUCACAAGGAGCUGUAGCAAACCAGGGGUCUCUUUUCCAGCAGGCCCAGCAGCAGCAGCAACAUCAACAACAGCAAGCAGCUCUGUUUCAGCAGGCAAAUGACCUGCUUUCUGUUCAGACCAAAUUUCUCCAACAGACUCCCUCUCAUCCUUCACCUCCCAUGUUCCACAAUCCCAGCUCUUUGGCUGAAACCCAAGAUUCACAGGGGGCUCUGUUUCAAAAAGCCUCUCAGGAGCAGGUCCAGGCUGCUCUCUUCCAAAACACCAUGACAGUAUUACAGUCUACAGAGCAACAACCCUCAACCCCUGGACUUUUCCUGCCCCAGACCCCACUGCCCACUCAGCUUACAGCCAGUAGUUCUCAACAACAACAGCAACAGCAGCAGCAACUAGCCUUCCUCAGUGCAAUACAGUCUCCUGCCCCUGAACCACAGUCAGUUUUUCAGUCUCAGACCCAGCUCUCCCCCAUCCAGCAGAGAAGCCCCAUGGAGCAGCAGCAGCCCUCCCAGCCUCAGUCCCAUGCACAGCCAGCCCAGCAGGCUGCCAUGUUUCAGAACAUCUCUGCACAUCCAUCUGCAAACACACUCUCUCCAGGCCAGCAGCAGCAGCAACAGCAGGCUGGCCUACUGUUCUGCAACAACCCCCUAUCCACACCAGACCGGGCCUCCAGCCUCCUGUUCAGCAGCCAAGGCCAGAUGCCUCCUUUGACUGGCAGCAAUCUAGUUUCUCAAGAGCCCCAAAACCCCUCUCUGCUCUUUUCCCAAACCAGCAUGGUGACAGUAGACCAGCAGGAUCACUCUGAGCCCAUGGCCUUAGGGAACCUCUCUGACUCACGACAGCAAGUUUUGUUUCAGGAGCAACAGCCAAUGCAGCUGGGCAGCAGCUCAAACAACCGGCAACCAGUUGGUCUCUUCAUGCCGCAGUCCAACAUUGCCUCACUGCAGGGGGGACUGGCUCGAGAGCUUGCACAGUCAGCCAUGUUUGCCUCACAGAACAGCGUGGCAAACCUGCAGACGACCACCUCUUCCCCAGUUCAGCAGCCAGGAAGUCUAUUUCAGACCGCUGUGAGUGGGAGCAUCAGUCAGCCCAGCCAGCCUCAACAAACUAGCCUGUUCCUUUUUGGGAUUCAGAAUGAAUGUGGCCAGUUGAUGAACACUCCUGGAAACACGCUGUCAGAUCAGAUAAUAGCCAUCAGCCAGUCUGGUCAGAACCAAAGAGAGAAUGACGUACCCAUCCAGUCCCUGCUCAACCAGUCCUUGUCUCAGGCUGGGGCUGUGCAGAACAGCAUGUCUGCCUCUCAGAACAUGGAGAAGAUUGAUGACCUGCUGGUCAGCCUGCAGGAGUCAGGCAGCAACUUAACUCGUUCAUACUAAUCUUUAUAUAGGUUAAUGGAUUUGUUUUUACUCUUUUUUUUUUUAACUCAUAAUAUCUGGAGCAAUGGUUAAAUAUAGACAAAAAAGCCAAAAUGUUACAUGGAAGUAAACAUUUCUGAAUUAGCCCUGCUUCAUGAAGUUUGAGACAAGCUGAGCAUUAUGUGCUUAUACUUGCCUUACUCAGAUGUGAUGUUAUAUGAUGUAGUCUCCUUCAAAGCAGAAUUUAUUAGGAAAGAAAUGUGAAGAUGAGCUAGACAUUGUAAAGUCCCGCUAGCCUUGCAGAGCCUCUUCCCACAAAAGUGCCAUAAAUAAUAAUGAUCAUAAAGACAAACUGGACAAAUUAAUAUCCAGAUAGUGAGACAGGAGUUUGGUUUAGGAUUGUCUUGACUGAGCAGGUUGGCCAAGAAAAGCGAAUGUCUCGCACUAAUGUCUGACUGACUGACUCCCCAUUGUUAAAGCAUUUGUGUUAAAAAUGAGAUGGACUCCAGGUGAGAACAGUGUGAAAAACCUGUCAUUACUAUCGGAUGAGAGAAGGGGAAUUUGACCAUUUUCUUUCAGGCAGUAACUUAUCACACUUGGAAUUCAUUUAGCUCUUUAAGUUUUGUUUGUAUCUCUAAGCAGGUUGUCAGCGAUGUUAUCUGCAGCGUCUUUAAGUUCUCAUGGAGUUUUCUAUGAUGUUCUCCAAAGUAUUAGGUAGUUUCCAUUAAUACUUCUUUUGUAUUUUUACUGCACGGAGGGCAGGGUAUGUGCUAUGGCAGGACGUUUUGGGCAGACUGGUAUGAAUGGUCGAAUACAUCAAAGAUGUUAACGUCAACGGCUAUUGGCAUGGUUUGAAAUGAUUCUAAAAUGACCCGGCAGUGCAGAAAAUGUAUUGAAAAAGCUUAGAUGGGUCAAGAGCAGGCAGAGAAAUGAAAGGUAGAAGAGCUGAGAUGCAGGAAUGAAUAGUAAAGUGUUCUGCACUAAUCUGAUGUGUAGUCUCAAAAGUGAACAUUAUAUUUGUGGGUGCAAUGUUGUUGCAGCUAGCUUGCACCUGAUAAUGAAAGAAACUGUAAAACUAUGAAAUAUAGUUAUGUACUAUCUUUUGCUCUAUGAGGAAAACUUGGCUAAAUUAAGUCUAAUCUGGACUUAACUGACAGAGAAACAUCUAUAAAAGAAUAUUCGUAGUUCAUCCAGCAGCUGUCAUUGUGGCGGUGAAGAUGGUCACCUCCAGCUGUGAAACACAUCUUUCAAUAUUAGAUUCUUUGCUGUUUCCAGCAUUGUACACACUGCUCUUUGGUAGGUAAGCAUGCUAAAGUCAAUGACUACUUUUUAUAACAGAUUUUCCUUUUAAUACAGUUCAAAGAGAUUAAUCUUUCCAGAAAAUGUGGUUAUA